AAAAAUCGGCGGAACAUAACAGGCCCUCAAACCGAGAGAGAAGAGUCGAACUAGAAGGCCGCCAAUGCUGAGCAUUCUUGGCCCAAACCCAAAACCUUUCGCGGCUUAGGGCUGCGGUUUAAAGCUUCACGAACCUGAGAGAAAAUAAUACACCCUUAUCAAGCCCUAAAACCUUCGCCUUUCUUCCCGAAACCUCGAGCGUCUCACGAACCUGUGAGAAAAUAAAACACCCGUUUAUAAAAAACAUUUAAUUGCAUCAUCUUCAAUCUCCUGCAGGAUCAAUGGAGACCGACAACGAUGCAGUAGUCAAAGAUCUCCGAUUCGCCGCCGAUUCCGUAUCGUCCUGCGACGAGUUCUCGGCGACGCCGCUUCACGAGAUCGAGAGCCUCUGCAUGAGUUGCGGAGAAAAUGGAAUCACCAGGCUUUUACUGACUCGGAUCCCUCACUUCCGCGAGGUUGUGUUGAUGGCGUUUGAAUGCCCACAUUGUAAUGAGAGGAAUAGUGAGAUACAGUUUGCAGGCGAGCUCCAGCCUCGUGGAUGCCGUUAUCAGUUGAAGGUUCCAUCUGGUGAUGCCGAGGUGCUCAAUCGGCAAGUGGUGAAAUCUGAUUCAGCUACUAUAAGAAUUCGAGAAUUAGAUUUUGAGAUUCCCCCAGAUGCUCAAAGAGGCAAACUUUCAACUGUCGAAGGAAUACUUCUACGAGCUGCGGAUGAGUUGCAGGCCCUUCAAGAUGAAAGAAAGAAAGUGGACCCAGGGACUGCGGAAGCCAUAGAUCAAUUCUUGGUGAAGUUAAGAUCAUUUGCAGCGGGGAAUUUUUCUUUUACCUUCAUUCUUGAUGAUCCAUCAGGAAACAGCUUUGUUGAGAAUCCGUCUGCGCUGUCUUUGGAUCCAUUGUUGUCUAUCCAGUUUUAUGAGAGGACACGGGAACAACAAGCAUCCUUGGGUUUUCUUGUCGAUCAACCAUCAGCUGAAGAAAUAAAUGGAAAUGUUAACAGAGGCAUUUCAGCUGAGGAAAACAAUCUUGGAGCCAACACAAUGCAAAGGGUUCCCCAUGGUUCAGUUGGAGCAGUUGCUGGUCGUCGCGGAAUUGCUCAGGUCAAUCCUGACCAAGUUGCUGCAGCCUUGUGUAGAUACUCAGCACCAGAAGAGGUUGACACUUUGCCAUCUUCAUGUGGGGCCUGUGCAGCUGCAUGUGUAACUCAUUUUUAUGCCACCAAAAUUCCAUAUUUUCAAGAAGUUAUUGUAAUGGCGACUACUUGUGAUAUGUGUGGUUAUCGUAGCUCUGAGUUAAAGCCUGGUGGUGAAAUUCCUAAAAAAGGAAGGAAGAUUACACUAUCUGUCCACAACGUAGAAGAUCUUAGCCGGGAUGUGAUCAAGUCCGACACCGCCAGCGUGAUAGUUCCUGAGUUGGACCUGGAGCUUGCAAGUGGUACCUUGGGCGGGAUGGUCACAACUGUUGAAGGUUUAAUUACUAAAAUCAACGGAAGUUUGGAGAGAAUACAUGGAUUUCAAUUGGGUGAUAGCGUUGAUGAGUGGAAAAAGAAAAAAUGGCAGGAUUUCAAGUCGAGGCUAAUGAAGCUCCUUGAGUUGGAGGAAUCCUGGACUUUGAUCCUUGAUGAUGCAAUGGCGAGUUCCUUCAUUUCACCAAUUACAGAUGCCAUAGAAGAUGACAAACAGCUUAUUGCUGAAGAGUAUGAGAGAAGCUGGGAGCAGAAUGAGGCGUUGGGUUUGAAUGACAUGGACACAUCUUCUGCAGAUAUUGCUUACGACACAGCCACACAUCCAGCCACUGGACAGUAAUGCUUACUUGAAUUGUCUUCACAGUGUUGUAAUUUAGUUUUAAUUACAUAUUGAUUCCUUACAGGGGAUGAGCUAGUGUACCAACUAGUAAAAUAAUUUAGUGAGUUUUUAUUUUAUUUUAUUUUUUUGAACCCGUUGUAAAAGUUUUGUUAAUCAAGCAUGUUUCUCUCUUCUAUCGGUCGAAAUCAGAGAUUAUUGAGUCUGAAGGUCAUUAAGAUA